UGGACUCGGGCUGAGGAGAAAUACCGUGCUUUUUGAACGAUUUUAACGAAGUAAGGAGUUCGUUUUAACACGUUUCUGAGGCUGAACAGAUUUGAAUGGUUAACCUCGGCGGCUGUUAUCAUCUACUCUGCUGUAUCUGAGGCGACGCGGCAUUCCUGUGGACUUUCUGAGGCGACGACGCGCUUUACUUCGGAGAAGGAUGCUGGGGGAUCUCCGCUUGACUGCGCUCCAAUCUCUCCUGGCUGUGUGUCUGCUCUUCACCCUGGAACAUGGCAUGGUGAGCUGUGAUACUGUGGUGAACAUGCGUAAGGUGACUCACCAGCGGGUUCAGGAGCCUCUGUCAGGUACAGCCCUCCUGCCGUGUGUUUUCACCUUGCGCCCGAGUCCUUCGAACGAACCCCCUCGCAUCAAGUGGACCAAACUGUGGGGUCAACGCGGCCCGGAUGGCCUACAGAAGCAGCAGUCGAUUCUGGUGGCUAAAGACAAUAUAAUCAAGGUGAAGAAAGUCUUCCAGGGCCGCGUGACCUUGCCGGGAUACCCGGAGAACCGCUACAACGCCAGCCUGGUGCUGACAGGCCUGCGAUCCAGCGACUCUGGGAUGUACCGCUGUGAGGUCGUGGUCGGUAUUAACGACGAACAAGAUACAGUGCCCCUUCAGGUCACGGGAGUGGUCUUUCACUACCGUGCGCCUCACGACCGCUACGCGCUGUCUUUCACUGAUGCCAAAAGAGUUUGUCUGAAGAACUCUGCCAAUAUUGCCACACCAGCCCAGCUGCAGGCCACUUUUGGUGACGGCUACGACAACUGCGAUGCCGGCUGGCUGUCGGACCAGACUGUGAGGUAUCCCAUCCAGUCGCCUCGGCCCGGCUGCUUUGGCGACAGGGAGGACUCACCUGGCGUGAGGAACUACGGCAGCCGAGACCCCGAUGAGAUGUUCGAUGUGUACUGCUUUGCCAACGGCCUGCAAGGUGACGUGUUUCACACCAGCGUGCCGGAGAAGUUGAGCCUGGCAUCUGCUUCCACUCACUGCCACACUCUGGGAGCUCAGCUGGCCACAGUCGGGCAGCUCUUUCUGGCCUGGCAGGGUGGCUUCGACCGCUGCGACCCCGGCUGGCUGGCUGACGGCAGCGUGCGUUACCCUAUCAACCUGCCCCGGCGUAACUGCGGAGGAGAUGAACCAGGAGUACGGACCGUUUACCACAACCCCAACCGCACCGGGUUCCCAGACACUAGUGACCUCUUUGACGCCUACUGCUAUCAAGAGAAGAAUUUCGAAGAGCAGGCGGUGAUACUCCACAAAACCAUAGAAAACUCCAAUUUGAACUCUUCAAGCAAAGAAGAGGUGCCGCUCCAAAGAAACGGAGCCUUCCCUGAACCUUCAACUUGGACCGGUCUGGUCGAUCUCGAGAAAGAAGACUUCAAGUCCAUCAUAAACAACGAAUCUUCUGAAAUCUCAGAGGAGCAUGUUGUAAUCCAUCUUGGACCUGAAGAAAGGUCUGUAGAAUGGGAAGACGAUGCUGUGGAGAAGCAGGAGAACCUUCAAGGGGGUUCGGCGAAAGAGGAGACCAAUGAUUCAUAUGGUCCCGAUGAUUCAGAUGGUCCCGAUGUGUCUCCUGACCCGUCUUCAACCACGCCAUCUUCCUCUACGCAAGCUCAGACCAGCAACAGCGUCAUUUCCAACUUUGUGAACACAAUAAUGAAGCCAUUUAGGUACUGGACCGGGACUGGGGAACCUGCGAUACCGGCCACAGAGUCCAGCCUCUACAGAGGAACCUCAGAAAUGGUCCCACCUGCCAGGACGAAGCCAAGUAGAGAGAAAACAAGCAAAGUUGGUGCUGAUAACGCCAUUGUGGAACCUAAUAUCAAGGAAUAUUCAUAUAAUCCCUCCUCGUCAGAUCCAGAAGAAGAACUCUUGGAACAGGAGAAAGAAGUGGUCUUGGUGGCUGCACAGCAGGAGAUAAAGAGUCCAAGCAAUUCUAAUAUGGAUAAUCCAUAUUCACAGACCUUCACAGACAGCUUCACUGGACCAACCAAAGGAGCUAUUAGAUCAGGAACGGCGGAUCCGACUCUUUCUUCGGCAUUUAAAAGCUUCGGUUCCAUGAGGAGCAGCCAACAGAUUUUGCCGCUAAAGACCUUGAAAGUUGCCCCAAGCAAUAAUAGGCAUUUCAUAACUCAAACAAGCAGUCCCAUGGAAGCCAAAAGAGCCAGUUUGGAGAUCAUGACCAUUCCUGUUUCCAGGAACAACCCUGAGAACUUCUCCGGGGAAGGGAAAGACUUGAACGAGGAUGGUUACCCUAUUCCCAAAGGUCCUCUGUCACCGUUAUCUGCAGAGGAAGAAAAAGAUGGUGAGGGAAGUGGAGGGAAGGAGUUACCGUUCACCCUUGACCACCAAAUGAAUGGAUCCGAUGACCACAGAGUCCCGCUGGAGACCACUGUCAGAUGGCAGCUUAUGAGUCUCCAGACGACUCAACCUACUAGAGAACCCAAGCAUGAGAAACCAUUCGACACGGUUGAGGAAGCCAGGGGGGAAAUCAUGUACGUCCAUCGCCCCAUUGAAAAACACAAGAACAAUCCCUCUAAUAAAGUCAGUGUGCCUUUUGUCAAACGGAAGCAAGACCUAGGGUUGACUAUUGCACCGGAAACACACACUUCCAACACACCUACCACACCAAGCCCUGGAGAUCCCAACGAGGACAAGCUAGCAAUUCAACCACCAACCGUAGGAAUCACUCCUUCCCAACCUGGAGAAGAAACCACUACCGAAGACAUUUUGUGUACUCCAGAUCCAGCCGUUUCCAGCACGUGGUUACCUGUGGUUCAAGAGGAGGUAGAUACUCCACAACCACCGGUUCCUACCAUAAUAAUGAUGCAAGCUGGACCUACGGUUCUGCCGACUAGUCCAGGUCCAAAGGACACUUCCCAGCAGGCUGAGUCCAGGUCAGGAGGGUCGGAGUCAUUUGUGUUGGCUCAGGGCUGGAUAACAUCUGAAGCAGUUCCAACAGAGGAACCUUCAUCCCAGACCACAGGAAAGCCAGAGAAAGACACAACUGUGGCUGGGAGUGAAAACAGCCCCUCCAGAACUUCAGCAGAAGAUGAUCCCUGCCAGACCAACCCGUGCCUGCAUGGUGGGAGCUGUUUGACCGAGGGGGAGGGAUACAGUUGCCUGUGCCCUCAGGGCUAUUCGGGAGAGAGCUGCGAGAUCGAAAAUGAUCCGUUUGACGGGAUUUGGGAUGAAAAAGCUCUCGAGUGGGCGCUGAAGAGUUCAUUUCAUCACGAUGAUGACGAGGAGUCCUUGAACUCUGUCGCUCUCGUGGAGUUGUGUGCAAGAGGAGUCUCCGCAGAAGAUGAUCCCUGCCAGACCAACCCGUGCCUGCAUGGUGGGAGCUGUUUGACCGAGGGGGAGGGAUACAGUUGCCUGUGCCCUCAGGGCUAUUCGGGAGAGAGCUGCGAGAUCGAUAUUGAUGAUUGUCAGUCCAAUCCAUGUCAGAAUGGAGGCACCUGCAUUGAUGAAAUCAACUCUUUCGUAUGCCUGUGUCUGCCCAGCUAUGGUGGAGCAACCUGUGAGAAAGAUACUGAGGGUUGCGAGCACAACUGGAGGAAGUUUCACGGCCACUGCUACAGGUACUUCACCCGCAGACACACGUGGGAAGACGCGGAGAAGGACUGCAGAGAGCACAGCGGUCACCUGGCCAGCAUCCAUUCCACACAAGAACAGGACUUCAUUAAUGGACUGUGCCAUGAAAACACAUGGAUUGGUCUGAAUGACAGGAUGGUGGAAGAUGACUUUCAGUGGACUGAUAACAUGGAUCUGCAAUAUGAGAACUGGAGGGAGAACCAGCCGGAUAAUUUCUUUGCGGGCGGAGAGGACUGCGUGGUGAUGAUCGCCCAUGAGAACGGCAAAUGGAACGAUGUGCCCUGCAACUACAACCUGCCCUACAUCUGCAAGAAAGGCACAGUACUAUGUGGAGCUCCGCCCACCGUGGACAACGCUUUCCUGAUUGGUCGGAAGCGUUCGCAUUAUGACAUACACUCUGUGGUGCGUUACCAGUGCGGUGAUGGUUUCCUCCAGCGCCACAUUCCCACCAUCAAGUGUCGCGCCAACGGCAAAUGGGACCGGCCCAAGAUCAUCUGUACGAAGUCAAGGAGAUCUCACCGCUACAGACGCCACCACCACAAGUCCCACCACGAGCGCAGAAAGCAUAAGAGGCACGGUUCAGGAGGUCAUCGAGGUCAACAGGAGGGUCACGGCCAUUUCUAACCAAAUAAUCCCCUCCUUUCCGCCAGCCUUUCACCUAAACCUCCUUAUCUUUGAUAUCCGACGGCCUUUCACCUUUCCCCCUUCUCGUCUGGCUCAGUCUACCCCCAUUAUGAGCAGAGGGGCUCUGCUGAACCUCACAAGGACUAUAACAAUUUCACUUUUCCAUCUCUUUAUCUGUUAAUGUUACAUCUCAUUUUAGUGGAUCCAACAUGAGGAAAGUUCUUUCGUACCUUCAAUGUAGAAAACACUCUAGUUAACUGUUUAUGUAUUUUUACAUAAGCAUUAAUUGAGCAAUGUAAAUAUUGUAUUUAAUUUCAAAACGCGGGAUCAAAUCGAAACAGCCAGGAAAUGCUUGGGAUUGGUUAGCUUAUGCAGUAUUUCUUGACCGUUUUGACGUUGGUUUGCUCUUUGUAAGACAUUAACCUAAUUUAUACAGUAUUUCUGAGUAUUGGUGUGUUUUGAGUUGAGAGGAGUGGUGCUCAUCUGGAUUUUACAUGAAAAUUAAAUCACGCUCAUGUCAUUCCAAACCUGUAUGAUUUUAUUUCU